AUGUCCGUCAAUAGAGGCUGGUGACUUACCCCCUUGAGCUUGGCCAGGGCGUGAACGGUGUUCUUGAUGGUGUCGGUGGGGAUGAUGUCUGAGUUGUCUCCGGUUAGAUAAUCCUUGCGUGAAUUGAGUGUGAGCUCCACGUCAGCCUUCAGCUCAAUGAUGUCAUGGUUUAUCAUCUACAAGCUGCCCAGGUAUAAGAUUGGCGAGGUCGGUAGUGGAGUGGACUACAUGUACCUGGACUCCUCAGUAGGGAGCUGGCAGAUGAGUAAAUUCAUGGUUAACGACAGUGAAGGAGCCAUAGCGAACACACUGAACCAGCUUUACAUGGGAGAGGCCUACAAGUCUAACAGCUCAGUCUACGCACUCUACAAUGAUGCCCCACCGAUCCUGGAUUACCUCCGAGGAUAUGGACACACUAAAGGGGUACUGCUCUUUGACCGCUCUCAAGGUUUCUGGCUAUCGCACAGCAUUCCCCAUUUCCCCUCAUUCCCUGAGAAAGGCUACCGUUACCCCUCCUCUGGCAAAGUCAAUGGCCAGACUGCUCUGUGUGUGACCUACCAGUAUGAUCAGUUCCUCCACAUAGCAAAGCAGAUGGCAUACAUUUACCCGCGUUUCUAUAACUGCUCAACUCCUGCUGCAUUCUUGGCCGACCUGCCACAGUUGGCGCAGUUAUGUGAAGGCUCCAAACCUCCGCUGGCCUCAGAUAAGGGAGUGGAGCAGCUCUUCUCCGUCCAAGGGGACAAGUUUGUCAGUUUUGUCAAAUCUGAACGUUUUGUGGAUGAUAUCUACACGGGCUGGGUGGCUCAGGCCCUGGAUACCGACCUGCUGGUAGAGACCUGGCAGACACAAAACCACGAGCUGCCGUCCAACUGCUCCCUGCCCAGACAUACCAUGAACAUCAAGAGGAUUCAGCUUCCUGGAUCAGCCAAGUUCUUGUCUCACCACGACCACUCCAAGUGGUGUGUGUCGCGGGUUUAUGAGGACCAGGUGACCUGCUUGGGGGACCUGAACAGGGAGAAGGCCCAAAUGUGGCGUGGCGGGGGGCUGGUGUGCUCUUUCAACCCUUUGAUUUACAAGGCCUUCAGACAGGCGGUGGACUUGUACAUAAGUUGUUGAACAAAAGACAAAGACAGCAUGAUUGAGAAUGGAUCAGUCUUCAAUAGGUCAAAUCUGUUUUCAAAUUUAGGGAACAAAAUGUGGAAGGUUUAAGGUUUAAAAGCAGCUGGAAUGCAACCAUCAGACCACAAGCAUCAGAUUAGACAUCAGUUUUAGAAACUAAAGCUACAUUUAGCGUCUUUAUUAGCUUGUUGGAUCUUAGCUAAGUAUAUUCUUGUAGCAAACUAUGGGAUCGAUCAUGUAAAUUUUAUUCCACUUCCAUUUACACUUCAGCUGGAAAUCUGUGUGUGUUCAUCUAUGUAUCUUAACACACAAGAUUAUAUGAAUUUUUGUUUUAUCAGGUAAUUUUCCCUCCUGAAAACAGUAGAAUCACUGUAAAGUUUAAUACCUUGUUGAGUUUGGCAAUAUUUAACAUAUGUAAAAUAUAUUAAGAAUAUAAGUUUUGAAUGAAUAGGUUAAUGCAUAAACUUGUGUUUCUGUGGUCCAGCUGGUAUUGAUAUGCUGACAUGGUCCUUUUCCAUACAAAUCUCUUCACCUCUCUGUGGUUCAGGCCUUUGAUAAUCUACUGAGAAAAAAAAUAAUCUAUGGUUUUAUUUCACUAGUGGUGUGAUGUUUUUAUAUUGUGUGUGAUUUUCAUUUUUAUAGUAUAAAGUGACUUAGGCCAUAUA